AUGGCCGACGAUGGGAUGCUCAUGAAUUUUGAGAUUGGCGAUGCGCCGCUGGUCGCGAAGCCCGUGUUCAAAGGCGGGCGGUGGAAGGAUCGGUUGACGGCGAGGAAGGUUGCGCUUCACAAGGAGUCCCGCAUGAACGGGGAAGGGGGAGGAGGAAACGAAUCGAAACGCCCGGCGCCGGUGAAUAGGGAGAUUAUACAGAAUCCGCGCUUCAGCGAGGAGCAUGAGGAAUACAUUGGGCCCAAUAGCGAGGCGAGAGGACCGAAGAGACAGAGGGUGCAGGUCGACUAUUAUGGUGAUGCUGGAAGGCACACGGCUCGGCUGACGACGGGGAAGCUGCCGCCGGGGAGUAUUAAUAUUGGGGGGGGCAAGAAGACGACGUUUGGGGAUGGGCGUGGGCCGAAGAAGACGUUUACGGAUGGGAAACCGGCGCAGAUUAUAUCGUCACUUUUCACAUUCAAUCCCUCGGCGAAAACCAAGUUCAAGGAGGAAGAGCCCAAGGAAGAGGUUGAGCCUGCGAAGCCGUCUAAUGCUCCGCUUUCCGAUGAAGCUUCCUCAUUUGCGUCUCUGGGUAUCUCGAGGCGACUUGCUGGACAUCUCGCUACGAAGCUGGAUAUGAAGGCGCCGACAGCUAUUCAGAAGGCUGCUGUUCCGCAACUCAUUGCUGAGGAUAGCGAUGCGUUUAUACAGGCCCAGACGGGUUCCGGAAAGACUUUGGCGUAUCUGUUGCCGAUUGUGGAGCGAAUUAUGGCUAUCAGCGCUGCUGCUGAGUCGGAGGGUGUGCACGAUAAGGAGAAGCAGAUCCACCGCAAUUCCGGACUCUUCGCAAUUGUGCUUGCACCGACGAGGGAAUUGUGCAAGCAGAUUGCGGCUGUGCUAGAUAAGCUACUACGCUGCGCGCCGUGGCUGGUUGGAACUACGGUUAUUGGAGGAGAGAGCAAGCAGUCGGAGAAGGCACGGUUGAGGAAGGGUGUUAACAUCCUUAUUGCCACGCCUGGUCGGUUGGCGGAUCAUCUGGAUAACACGGAGGUUCUCGAUGUGAGCACAGUUAGGUGGCUUGUUCUUGAUGAAGGUGAUCGACUGAUGGAACUCGGCUUCGAGGAGGAAAUCAAAGGCAUUGUCGAUAAGAUUGCUUCACGAGCACUCAUCAACGACAGGACAGGACGAGUCGGCAAGGGACAACUUCCCAGCCGUCGCGUCACAGUCUUAUGUUCGGCUACCAUGAAAAUGACAGUGCAGAAGCUGGGAGAAAUCUCUCUCAAAGAUGCUAUGCACAUCCAGGCCGACCCCUCCGACGAAGAAUUGGAGAAGAGCAAGACGGAUGGCACAGACCCCAAAGAGGACGGAUUCUCCGCCCCUGCUCAACUUAAGCAGGAAUACGGCAUCGUACCUGCUAAGCUUCGCCUCGUCACACUCACUGCAGUUCUUAAGCGCGCCUUCGCUCGUCGCGGCUCAGUCAUGAAAGCCAUCGUCUUCAUUUCCUGCGCCGACAGCGUCGACUUCCACUUCUCCCUCUUCUCGCGCCCCGAACUCACACCACCCCCCGUCUCCGGCGCCAACACCGACGAAGCCAAGCCCGCCGUCGCCGUCAUCCCCAAGAACGAACUCACCAAAGACACCAUCGCCACCGGCGCCGCAUUCUCCAACGCCACCAACGCCGUGACGCUCCACAAACUCCACGGCUCCCUCGCACAAAACAUCCGUACCGCGACCCUGAAGCACUUCUCCGAGUCCAAAGACCCCUGCGUCCUCGUCUGCACGGACGUCGCCUCUCGCGGUCUAGAUCUCCCCAACGUCGACUUCGUGGUCGAAUACGACCCCCCCUUCUCCUCCGACGACCACGUCCACAGAAUUGGUCGUACCGCGCGUGCCGGUAAAUCGGGCCGCUCGCUGAUCUUCCUGCUCCCCGGCGCUGAAGAGGCAUACGUCUCCAUCUUAUCCAAGUUGAGCCCCAACUUGACCGCUAAUACGGGCGAGGAGCUCAUCCGUAAGGGCUUUGGAGGAACUGGACACGAAUGGGAGGAGCGCGCGACAGCGUGGCAGCUUGAGGUGGAGAAGUGGAUUCAGGAUUCGGCGAAGUACCUCGAGAUGGCGAGGAGGGGAUACCAGUCGCACAUCCGUGCGUACGCAACGCAUGUUGCUGCGGAGCGUGCGAUUUUCGACAUGAAGGAGCUGCAUCUUGGACAUUUAGCCAAGGCAUUCGGACUACGUGAUAAGCCGGGUAGUAUUAAGGUGCCUGGACUGCGACCGAAGGCGAUGACGCAUGCGGAUCGUAGUGUGGCGAUGAGGAAGGCGAGGAGGGGGGAUAAUACGGAUAGGGAUGGGAAUGAGAAGGCGCCGGAGGGGGAGCAUGCGAGGAAGAAGAAGAAGGAGGAGAGGGAGAGGCCGAGAGAUGUCAAUGAGGAUGAUGCGGCGAAGAGGAUGAAGAGGAAGAUGAUGGAGCAUAUGGGUGCUGCGUUAGAGUUCAAUAUCGGGUAG